UACUUGUUUUACAAGAACAAUUAGAUAAUAAAACUAAUGAUCUUGAAGAACAACAAAUGAAUGAUGAAUCAAAACAAAUAUCUAAUGGAAAUGAAUUAGAAUUUAUUCCAUUAGAUAAUGAAGAAAAUAUUGAUAUUCUACGAAAAGAAUUUGAAGAUAUUGUGUCAGUUGAUUAUAAUGUUUCAUUUGAAGGAGCUGUCAGACAAAUUGUUGAUGAAAUAAAACGAGAACGAAAAGAACUGAAUGAACGUUAUGAAGCAUUAGAAAAAGCAAACUAUGACCUUCAAACAGAAUCAGAUACUAAUAUGGAAUCUAUUCGUCAAUCUUAUUUAAAUACUGUCAAUGAAUUGAAUCAAGAAUUACUUGCUAUGAAAGAACAAUAUGAAGCACUUGAUGCUGAAAAACAAAUUUUAAAUGAUAAAUUAGAAAAUCAAUCUGUUAUUCAACCAAUCGAAUCUUCAUCAUUCAAUUCAAAUGUUACUGAUGAAACUCAUCCUAUAUGGAAUGAAAUUCAUAGUUUAUUAAACUUAUUGAAUGAAGUUUCUCGAGAAAAAUUUAUUUUUCAUAUACAUCAUUUAAUAAGCGAAUAUAGUUUAGCUAAAGAUAAAAUAAAUAUUCUUACGAAAGAUCUGGAAAAUAUUAAUCAACAAUUAACUAAUAUCUAUAAUCAAUGUGAACAAUUACAAGAAACAAAUAAACAAUUAUUAUUGGAAAAAGAAUUAGUCAACGGGAAAUCAAUGAAUGAUGAUCAAUUUCAACAAGAAUAUAUUCUAUUGAAAAAUCAAUGUACACAAUUAGAUAUUGCAAAUCGAUCUUGGCAAUUAUUUUAUGAUAAUCAAAUAGAAUUAUUAAAAAAUAAAUUCAAGAAUUAUUCCGAUUUCGAUCAAAAUAAUAAUUUUGAACAAAUUAUUGACAUUAUUGCAAAAGAAUUUGAACAAUUAAAAGAAACUAUUCCAUCAGAAGUCAUCAUCAAUAAUAAUCAAUUUUCAAAUGAACCAUCUGUUGAUUCUCAAGAUAAAAAUCAAAUCUUAUCACUUCAAGAUGAAAUCGCACAUUUACAAGAACAGCUAAAAACGAAUCGGUUUUCAAUUGAAUCAUUAACAACUAAUCUACAAUUAAUCACACAAGAAAAUGAUAUACUUACUAAUGAUAAUCAUAAUUUAAUAAAUCAACUCAAUGAAUUUAGAAAACAAUCAAUUCCCUUCGAUACACAACAACGACAUAUUUCACAAUUGUCAACAAUUGAUCAUGCACCAAUAGAAGAACCUCUAUUACAUACAAUUAAACCAGUUCAAUCUGCAAAUACUGAACAAGAAAUAAACGAUAUUCAACAACUACAAACUGAUAUUUCUCUUCUUCGAACACAAUGUGCUCAAUUAGAUGAAGCUAAUCGUGCAUGGAAAGAUUUUCAUCAGAAUCAAUUAGAAUUAUUUCGAGAUAAAUUACAAGAUUGGAUUCCAUUGGAUAUAAAUUCAAAUCUCGAACAAAUGACUCAACAAAUUCUUGCUCAUAUUACUCAAAUAAGAAACGAUAGAAAUUUCAUAUUUCAAAAUGACAACCAAUCAGAUUCAUCCACAAUUGAUUCAUUGCAAAAACAAUUAGCUAAUUAUCAAUAUAAUGAAUCUAUGCUUGCACAAAAUCUUGAACAACUUAAUCAAAAACUACUUGAUGUUUACAAACAAUGUGAAGAAUUUCGUGAUAAUAAUGCACAAUUAAUUCUCUCGAAACAACAAGUUGAUAAACAAUUAGAAGAACGAGAAAAACAAAUUAAUGAAUAUCAAUUAUUAACAAAUCAAAAUAUAGAUUCACCAACAGAAGUUUAUCUUUUUAAUACUUUGAAGAAUACACCCACUGAACAUAGUAAUCACGAAGAAGAAAUUCGUGAACUUCGUGAAAAUCUCACUAAUCUUACAACUCAAUGUACUCAGCUUGAUGAAGCUAAUCGCGCUUGGCAACAAUAUCAACAAACGCUAGUUCAACAACUUCAAUCUCAUCUACCUUUAGAUAAUCUCAAUUCAUUUGAUCAACUUCCUCAACUUAUUAUUGAUCAUAUCAAUACUCUAAAUCAACAAUAUCAAACCUUACAACAAACAAAUCAACAACUUCAAUUAGAAUCAGAAACGAACUUACAAACAAUUAAACAAGCUCAAAUCAAUACAAUCAAUGAACUUAAUCAAGAGGUACUUGUUUUACAAGAACAAUUAGAUAAUAAAACUAAUGAUCUUGAAGAACAACAAAUGAAUGGUAA